ACUGUCUUCCUCUCUCUGUCUGCAGACCUUCCCUCAGUGUCUCUCCUCCAGAAGUCUCCCUCGUCUCCAGUCAGCUGCCACGCUACAGGUUUCUACCCAAACAGCGCCAUGAUGUUCUGGAGGAAAGAUGGAGAGGAGCUUCAUGAGAACGUGGACCGCGGAGAGAUCCUCCCCAACCAUGAUGGAUCCUUUCAGAUGAGCAGUGACCUGAACGUUUCAUCAGUCUCACCUGAAGACUGGAAGAAGUACGAGUGUGUGUUCCAGCUCUCUGGUGUGAAGGAGGACAUCGUCACCAAACUGAACAAAGCAGUGAUCAGGACCAACAGAGGUAAGACUUCUAUCUGAAGUGAAGGUGGGAAA